AUGGAGACCUUCGCCGCUCGUCUCGCGAGCUUCGACUCUGUCGUGCCAGCCAUCAACUCGAGAACGUCCAGUUCAAGAAACAUUCAGCCUCAAAGAUGGGUUUGGGAGUCGCCAUCACCAGAGCAGCUGGCUCACGCAGGUUUCUACUUCCAACCAUACGACACUAAUCCUGACAACACGAUGUGUUUCCUCUGCGGUCGAGCACUAGAUGGCUGGGAAGAGGGAGAUGACCCUGUGACAGAACAUUUGAAGCAUGCACCUGAUUGUGGCUGGGCAAUUAUCAUGGAUAUUCAGUCGAAAACUUCGAAUCCCGCCGAAAUUGUAGACCCUACCAGUUCCACGAUUGUUGAGGCUCGCAGAGCAACAUUUGGKGUCGGAUGGCCGCACGAAGGAAAACGCGGCUGGGUCUGUCAAUCGGAAAAGAUGGUCGAGGCCGGGUGGUACUUCUGCCCUAAUGAGGAAAGUCCAGACUUGGCUAGUUGCCCUUACUGCAAACUGUCCUUGGAUGGGUGGGAAGAAGCAGACGACCCGUUUGAGGAACACCACCGCCGCUCAUCGGAUUGCUCCUUCUUUGUCUUCGCUCUACCCGCAAAACCAACCAAGAAGAAUACUCGCGCCAAAAAACCUCGUGCUUCAAAGGCGUCGCGACUUUCGACACAGUCGGUAAUGACCGCAGCCUCAGAGGCCCCGACAAUUGAUGACGAUAUGAUGGAUGUUAGCAUCAUGUCUCAGUCAACAGUCAAAUCUCAAUCAACUAAGAAAGCAAAGGCCACGAAAAAGACUACCAAAUCACGCGCCAAGAAAACGAAGAAAGAUGAACCUAUGGAAGUCAUUGAAGAUGCGGAACCCGAGCCGGUUGAGGUACAGGCACCUGAGCCAGAGAAGCCUAAACGUGCUACGAGAGGGAAAAAACGAGCCAGCGAAGCGGUUGUACAGGAAAUGUCUGCCAUGACAUUGACAGAUCCUGUUGUAGAUUUAGAACCAUCACCCAAGAGGCGAGCUACGGAACUUCGUCGUAGCGUGUCUCAACAGCCUGAAGAUGUACAGUCUUCUGUUUUAGAGGACGCUCCAUUAGAAGUGGCUACUUCUCCUGUGAUGCCCAAGAAAGGCCGCAAGGGAACUCAAAAAGCUGCAUCAACCCGAACGCGAAAGGUAUCAACAGCAUCCUUAUCUGGGAAGGCUGCGCAGAGCAGGAUCCCAGAUGAUUCGGUACUUGAGGCAGCCAUCGAAGCCGAUCUAGCUCGCAAUAUGGAAGAUACGGAACCUUUCGAGUUCCACUACAAAGACGAAGAGCGGGAAAGUGCACGAUUCCGACAGCAAUCAGUAUCCACAUCUAUAAAGGCUCCAUCGGAAUCGCACUAUGAGCGUGAAAAAACCCAGGACGCGCAAGAGGCACAAGGACCGGCUCCGGAAGACUCGAUUAUCGAGAUUGUCCCGGAGCCGAAGCAGAAGAAACAACCAAAGCGAAAAGCUCCUGCAAAGAGAUCAAAGAAGGAAAAAGUACCUGAACCUGAACCUGAACCCGAGCCCGAACCCGAGCCUGAGCCCGAGCCUGAACUUGAGCCUGAACCUGGAAAUGAACAAGAAGUCGAGCACGAGCCUGAGCCGGAACUUGAACUAGAACCAGAGCCCGAGGGCGAGGAGACAAUUGAGCUCGUAAAGUCGAAACCAAAGCGCACUUCACAGCCAAAGCGCAAGGUUCAGGAACAACCAGCUGAGGAGGAAGUCUCAAAGGCCAUGAUGGAAGUUGACCCUGUCGUACGGCAAAGCUCAGUCGUUGCUGUUGAAAUCGACGUGCGGGACCGCCAGCUUGAAAUAGACGAGACCAUCGACAAACAGCCAACCAAAAAGCAUGGCAAGAAAGCCACCAAAGGCAAAAAGCCGGCCGCUUCCAAGAGGAAGGAGAGUGACGUCGUCAUGGAUGAUCAGCAGGCCGAGACUACUGAAUCUCACGAGACUAUUGCUGAAGCUCCAAAACCUCAACGGCGAGAGUCGAAACGCCGAUCAAACCGUAAGUCGCAAGAGACUAAAGAUGACUCUAUGGUUAUGGACGAGCAAGAAGAUGCUGCACCCGUUUCAGCACAAGAGGAUCUAGUCGAGCAGCCUGUCAAAGCAAAACGUGGACGGCCUACCAAAGAAGCCCAGGAGGCUUCUGUGAUCAUGGAUGCGCGAGAAAACUCUGCACCCGCAGCACAAGAGGAACCAGUAGAACAACCCAUCAAAGCGAAACGUGGUCGACCUACUAAAGAAGCCCAAGAGGUUUCUGAAGAAAAACCAGCGGUUGAAGCCAAGUCAAAGCGGGGACGGCCUUCGAAACAGCGAUCUAUUCAACCCGAUGAACUAUCAGAGCAGCCUAAGUACGAGCAACAGACUAAGAAGGCCCAGGUGCCUGCUAAGAACACUCAAAGGUAUAGUGACUUGCCGAAAGACAAGCAUCGUGCACAAAGCUUUAUCGAGUCUGUUAUAAAUUCCUCACCUCAGCGCCCGUCGCCCAACAAUACGCAUUCCACAGCACAAGAAAGAACGCCAUCUCCAUCACCGCAAGCAUCCGACGCUGAGAAUCAACCACCAUCCACACGACCGCGAUCAGCCAGACCCCCUAUUCUCUCUCCGUCGAAACCMCCUGCCUCUCGUAUCCUAGCAGCCACUACACCGUCUCCGUCUAAGCGUCAAGAGGGAUACUUGACGUCGACCCGGACGUGGGAGCCGAUGGACAUUGAAGAGCUUCUAAGGAGUUUCGGUGACUUAGAAAACCGUGACUUUACUCUCAAUCAAGGCAACCUCAAAGAAAUUCUGACGAGCCCUGAGAAAAAGAUGACGGUCGAGGAAUGGAUAUACUUUAAUGCCAAAAGCGGCGAGGAGCGACUCCGACGGGAAUGCGAACGACUGAUAAGUAUUUUCGAACGUGAAGGCGGCCGAGCUAUGAGGGCGCUGGAGGGUAUUGAAUGCAUUGAGUGA